AUGUGCGCCGGGGAACAGACACAUGGCACGUCGCCUGGUUACAAGAGAUACCUCGAGGCAUGGCGGCCAGUAAUGAGUAGCGAUUGUGUGGAGACUGCACUCACCAGAUACAAGGUCCCAACUCCAUUUAUACUCCCUUCAACUUUGUUAGCACUUUGUGCCAAACUUUCAGGGAAUGGACAUGAAGAAAACAUGACAUUUGAGAACUAUGCUAUCAAAAAACCAAUGUGGGGCUUUGCCCCUGGAUCUCCACCCAAUUGCAAGCAUUUGUCCAUGAGGCUAUUUUCACAAUUUGAUAUUUUUUGCCUUUGCCUUGUCAUAUAUCUGCAGUACCUAGACCUUAGGAUUGCUUACAUAGCAGUUUUAUAUAUAUCUAGUUUCAUAUUAAGUUAUACGAGUUUAUCACAUUUUAGGAAAAGAUUUAGGAAACAGAUGAACAAGCUCAAAAUUAAAGUACCUUCAGUUUUGAUACAUUUUUUUUUUACAUAUCCUCUCCCCAGGUUUGUCCCAUCCCAGGAUGAUGUAGCAGUGUUUGAAGCUCUGGGCAAGGCCCCAGCUGGAAAGUAUUCACAUGCUCUCAGGUGGUACAAUCACAUUAGCUCAUUUGGUGCUGAGAAGAGCAAGUUCCCUGGUGUAAAGAAGGCCCUUUCCAACCAGGCCCCAGCUCCUGCUGCUGCCGAUGAUGACGACGACGAUGAAGUUGAUCUCUUUGGCUCGGAUGAGGAGGAAGAGGAUGAGGAAGCUGCCCGUGUAAGAGAGGAGAGACUAGCUGCCUACGCUGCUAAGAAGUCUGCUAAACCAGGUCCUAUUGCCAAGUCACAGAUCAUGUUGGACUGCAAACCUUGGGAUGAUGAGACCGACAUGAAGGAGAUGGAGAAUAAGAUUCGUACAAUCACCAUGGAUGGUCUUGUUUGGGGAGCAAGUAAGCUCAACCCCCUGGCUUUUGGCAUCAUGAAGCUCAGUAUCUUGUGCACGAUAGAAGACGCUAAAGUUUCUGUUGAUGACCUCACUGAGAAGAUCGAGGAGUUUGAGGAUUACGUCCAGUCUGUUGAUGUUGCGGCAUUCAACAAGGUCUAGAUGCAUCGCUACUCUGGUCUUCCAGUUGUUGCAGUCUGACGUUAAUAAAAUCCGAAAAAAAAAUAUUUUUAAUAAAGUCAAACGUCC